AUGUCACAAGCCCCGCCCCGUGCCUUCCUGUUCGACUACGCCGCGAGCGCGAAGCUGGCCGCGCUGUACGAACGCUACGGCAGCUUUCCCGUGGUGGCCGACCGCUGGGCGGGAUGGGAUGCGGCGGGCAUGGCGCCGUGCGCGGGCGAGAACAAGGACGGGCCGUCCGCGGAGGAUCUCGCGGAGGAGUACCAUCGAAUCACGUCCGGCGUGAUGCAACUUCGGAUGCGGCGAUUGCGUGCGGCGAUCCCUGCGAGAGCGCUCGACCACGGUGAGGGCCACCCUGCACCGCGAAAGCGCGCCCGGAACGCGUCUUCCGCUGGCGCAGGGGACGACGCCCCGCAACACCACCACCACCCACUGCUUUCCCUCCUUGCGGGGCAUCCGCUGCUCAGGGCGACUCAGCGCCCGGGCGAGGACGCCCCACCACCCCAUGCUGCCGUGAAAGACGGCACCGAUGGGCAUGAAAAUGAGGCCGGGGAGGUCGGAAAGGACCCUGUGGUGGCUGAGGAGCCGCGUGAUCAGUCGUGGGUGCAGCACCACCGACAUCUGUUUCAGCAGCUCACCACCCCUGGAGCUUGGUACGAUGCGGCUCGGGAGCGGCACCGCCGCCGCGCAUUGAUUCGACUUCUAGAGCAUGAAGCACGGAUUAACGUGCCGUAUAACCGCGCCGGGGCGAGCUAUCUGGAGCUGGUGCCGCGCGCUACGCAGGUUUUAUUUCGCCUGCUUGCGAUAUUACCCGAUGCGCUUCCCGUGGGGUCCACAUCCAGCGCAAACGGUGGCGUAUUGCAGCCUCAUCCUGGAACCUUCGCGACGGUGGACUCCUCACCAUCCCGGCAUCUCCCCAACGUGGGUGAUGGGAAUCCGUUGGCCAUGGUGCGUCGACUAAUAGAUAAACUCUCUAGAAGUGGGAAACCUAUUUUGUCGAUGGAAAGGCCCUGUAACGAAGCAGCUACGGAGGGGGCUGUGAAGGUCAAUAGUGCAAAAAUCGCAGAUGAUCUCAUCAGCCGGCUUCUAAAACCCCUCCCCAGUAUUGAUCCCAUGGCUUGGCGUUCUGCACAAGAGUCCUUAGCCAAGAUAAGCAACACAUCCUCGGCAUCGGCGGCCGCGAGUUUUUCCUCCACCGUGCUGGAAGUUCUGGAAGAGGCAUUCGAAGCCCUACCGAUACAGUGCACGCGGCUGCUGUUGUGCUCCCAAGCGGGCUGGUUAUUGCCCCCGUCCGCAUCCCUCCAGAAGUUUAUGAACCCCACGACCAGUGAUGACCAGGAGGAUGGUGGUGCCAAAAAUGGCAAUCCCAACACCCCUAAUAAUAUCAACACCAACGAUGAAGAAAAGCCUAUAACCGGCGCGAUGAGCCCUAAAAACCCGUCCGACGCGUCGCACGGGCCCGGCGAGGGCCGCGAGGUGACCUCGGCGGAGAUGAACUUCCUGCAGCGCGUUCACCGCUACGGGACGUGUAAUCAGGCCCAUAGCAACCUCAGCGAGACGGUCCUCCUGACGCUGCCCCCUGCCAUCCCGAGGCUCCAUCGGGAGGUGGAGCAGGAGCUCGAAAAGUACCUCUGGGAGGAUCCCGCCGCCUUGAUGGUAGACACGCCGCCCGUGCAACAGCUCACCGCGGAUAUUCGUGUGGUGUAUUCGCAAAACAUCAUCCUCCAACGACUGCUGACGAGGUUGGAGAAUCUCGAUGACACUCUUACGCGGCUGCACGGCGACGCGCAGGGAUCGCUUCGCGAAGUCCAUGGAACCUGGAGCGGCGCGGAGACGAAUAAAGGUGGGUGA